GCCUGUCAACUGACGUAAUACGUUCGGGUUGUGAGUUGUUUUUUGCGGAAGUGAAAUGACAAGCUCAACAUUACUCAUAAACAUUUCGAGGAGCAGAUGAGAGAAACACAUUCGUUAGAUAGGUAAGCUUUAUCUAUAUUAUUUCUGUAUAAUGACUCGAUUUCAUUAUUUUUUUCCGACAAAAAACACUGUAAGGACUCUGGCUAAUUUACCAUGACAACAACAAUCCUCCUCAGUUUUACUCAGAGUCCUUCAGACUCUCUAAGCGAAUGUUACUACGCUUCAAACUGCCAUGUUUUACCAUUGCUUCAAAUAAGGAGUGUCACAGUUGUUAGUUUACGAUUCAGUCAACCCCCAUUGUUAGCUGCCCACAUCGUUAGCUGACCUGCUAACUCAAUAGAAACUGAACAAUCAGCAAAACUGUGAGCUAGCUUACAGCUAACUGCAGCCGAGCAGAGACUGACAGAGAGAGAAAUAAACAUCAAAUAUCCCAGUUAUUGGCGUUAAUGUUACAGUGGAAAGACUGUGAGUUCAUAACACAUUAACCUGUCAAUAUAAAGGCCAAACACAUCAACUUAAUUCACAGGUAUUUUUAAAAAAGGAUCGAAAGUAAUGAUUCCAUACGGCUACAUUUGAUAAUUCAUGAUUUAAAUAGAGAAAAAAAAACGGUUUGUUGAAGACAACAGUGGAGAAGGCUUCCUGAGUGCUGAAAGAGUCUUUUAACAGACAGUAGCUGAAAUAAGGCUUUUCAGGAUGAAAAACCUUUAUGAGCUGUACAAUGUAUUAAGGUACAAACAAAAGUGUGACUCCUUCUGUCCCUGCAGGUUUAUCUGAGGAAUUACUUUGACACUUUGUUUUCCUCACUGUCUGACAUUUUUGUCCGUCUUUAGUUUUUACAUCAAACAUUUUAUCUUCAGUUUAGAACAAGCAUAAAUCCACCUCUUUGACUAGUCAAGGCUGGAUCAGUGACCAUGCUCUUGUAGUUAACUGACUGCACAUCUGAAAAUAAAGUUGUUUUGAAGUUAAUUUACACACUUGAGUCUGAACAUGGUGACACAUUUGAAGUGGGUUCCUGAUAUUUAUCUUUAUUGCAGUUAAAGUUGUCUCAGCAGAUCAUAAAUGUAGUGUGAAAUAUACUGUGUUUGCUGUGCUUGGGAGUGACACUGUACACACACUAUCCUCUAAGCAGGUUAGUCUAGCCCUGCUUUUGGCUAUUCAGUAUUAAUCACUCAUUGCUUCACUGGUAUAAUAGCAGAAGUGCACGGCAUAUAUAAAGACUCCACCUAUUGUACGUGAAAGCAAAGGUAUGGUUCACUGGAAGUCAGGUGUUUGUCUAAAGGUGCCAAAAGAACAGCACGCAUCUGAUGAAUCCACAGUGUUGAGUGAGAGAGCUGUGAUGUAACCACAGCUUAUAGUGAAUGUGCCUUAGCCACAGGUCUGUCUGAACUGGAGUCCAGUUCAUGUGCUGCUGUGAAUUUAAUGAGUGUCCUUUGAAUGCAGCACACAGAUGAUAGGCAACCAGCCUCUCAUUCUCAGAUCACCAUCACUACUAACAAGACAACCUCAUCCCCUUGUCUAUCUGUUUUUGUUUCACAUCCAGGUUGGUCUUCAAAUGAAGAAGGCUCACCUGGUUGAGCCUGUUUGUCUCCCUCUGUUGCCAUGGCAACACCCUAUUUUCCCACAUUCCUGCUCCUCCUUUUCUUGUCUUCCUUCACCCUUUUGCUUUUGACCCUGCUCCCCUCAGUCUCCCCGUCGCUUCCCUCCUCAUUUUCGUCUUCCCCAUCAUGGCCGUCACCCUCCUGUGGCCCGGCUCAGGCUUGGGCGGUUCGUCUCGAUGCUGGCUCAAGUCAUGACAUUGAAGACAAUGCUGGCUCAGAUUAUGAAGAUAAUAACAAAGAACGGCGUUCUGUGCACUUGGAUGCCAUAGCCAACAGGGUAAGAUUUUUCUUCAUCAUUUUCUGCCUUUUUCUGCAGGAUACAACAUCCUAUUUUUUAACCAAAGCUCCAUUUCACUGUCCUAAAAAUGUAAUAAUGAAACUGAAUGUGGUCAGCUUACCACAUUCAUGUACAACCCCAAUUCCAUAAAAACAGGUUGACUGUUAAAAAAUCACUCUACCCUUUAUCUGAUCAGAAACAGUGCAAAGAUAACAUAGUCGGGUUUCCAUUGACUCGCUAGAGAAGAGGAUGUGACAUCCAUGAUCUCCCAAAGGAAAACUCAGGAUUUAUCAGACCACAUUUUCCAGUUCAGGUCCAGAUUUGUCUCUGGUGUCUCUGGAUCCUGUCUCUAUCUGGUUUCCUCUUUCACGGUUCAGUUUUAACCUCAUUAGUGGAUGCAGUGAUGAACUGUGUUCACAGACAAUGGUCUUUAAAGUGAUUUUGAGCCCAUGCAGUGAUUUCCACUCAGGAUUCGUGUCUGUUUUUAAUGCAGUGCUGUCUGAGGGCCUGAAGAUCAGGACCAUCUAGUCUUGGUUUUGGUUCUUACCUCUUUAGUACAGAGAUUUCUCCAGAUUCUCUGAAUCUUUUAAUGAUACAUUUGACACUCAGGAACAUUAUUCUGAAACUGUUGAACUAUCAGCUCACACAGUCUCUCACAGAGUGGUGAACCCCCUCCCAUCUUUUCUACUGAGGAUAUCAGACAUGCAGACAUAAUUUAAUAUCUGAUAUGUUGUCUUUGCUCUGUUUUAAACAUAAUGUAGGCCUCAAAUGGUUUGCAAACCACUUAUCAACACUUAACUCGGGUAUUAACUUUUAUGGAUUCAGUGUUAGACAUGAGGAAGACUAGUUUGUUUUUGAGAGAUACAUUUUUUCAAUGUUUUGUUCUCCUCUGCAGAGUUUCACUUUCCUUUGAGACCACAGCUGUGGUCACAUUUUGUUUCAGAAGAGUGUGACGUCUGGCUGCUAUGCUUUGGGGAUUUUUUUUUUAAGUGAACAGAAACUUCUUCAACAUAAAAAUAAACUUAUUAGUUUUGGUCGGCUCAGGCUAAAAUAAUUAAAUACAGUUUAUCCAUUUCAGAAGAGUUAGUAUUUUAGUUCUGUUUUAAUGUCACAAUUAUGUCUAAUACAGUGGUUCUCAAGUCCAGUCCUCGAGGCCCACUGUCCUGCAUGUUUUGGAUGUUUCCCUGCUCCAACACACCUGAUUCAAAUGAUCAGCUCGUUAUCAAGCUCUGUAAUGGCUUAAUAACGAGCUGAUCAUUUGAAUCAGGUGUGUUGGAGCAGGGAAACAUCCAAAACAUGCAGGACAGUGGGCCUCGAGGACUGGACUUGAGAACCACUGUAUUAGACAUAAUUGUGACAUUAAAACAGAACUAACUAACCACUGCUCUAAUAGAAUUAAACAGUGAAGAGAGGUUUUCGUCAGUUUCAACCAAAAAGGUGAGAGGUCAAAUACACAGGGAUAUCAUAGUUCACUUGAGAACUUGUGGUCGAUUUUUCCAGGACAUACAGGACAAAUACUUUCAUAAGUGAGAACUGGUAUUUCCCGUCCCCUUCUAUGAAAUGAUAUCUGAGGAGCACCUCCAGGGAAAGGUUUUCACUUUUGUUUUCUUGGUCUCAUGGAUGUAUCAGUGUUGUUUCAGAUCCAGGUCAGCAUGACUAUCUCUAAUGCAGCACCGCCUGGAGUUGAUUUGAUUACAUCUGGUUUAUUUUUAUUCUGUCAUCUUUCCAAGAGAACACAACCAUCUGCAGACAAGCUAUCCUUCUGAACCCCUCCUAAAGCUCUUCUUUCCUUCUUGUAUAAAGUGUUUGCAGACAGAGACAUGGUUUUUGCUUUGACAUCCCUCCUAAAUAACUGUAAAGUAACUUCCUCUUCAAAACACACCUGUAUUUAUUUUUUGACAUCUUUUUUUCUUUCUGUGAAACUUGUGUGAGGAGUUUAUACUGGUAAUAAAACAGACUAGAAAUAAUACUGAUGCCCCUUUAUGACCUAAAAAAGCAAACAAACCCAUCAACAGGAGACAAGACCACAUCUAUACAGUUAUUGAAGUCUUAAACUCCCUCAGGUAGUGCUAUAUGAUUUCCAAGAUGCAGUGUGAUGACUGUACACCUCUGAUACAGCUUUUUUUUUUACAUUACAAGGCUAAGAGUCUCGCUGAGUGAAAAAAUGAGGACGAGCUUUUUUGUGAACUGCUUACUGAAAUACUGGACAAAAUCAGCAAAGACAUCUUUGUCCACUGGUGGUUCUUUUUGGAGUUGUAAACUCUAGCAGUCCAUGAAGUAUCCUCCAUUUUAGCCACAGUUGCAGAGAAAUGCUGAGUGCAAAACUAAGAGAUGCAGUAGACCACUUUACCUCAAUUUUAUACCUGUGCAUCAACUCUGUUUCUACACUGAAGAUUUUGAACUUUCUUUUAACCUAUAAAUGUUACUUUGGUUGGUGAUACCAGGUUGCAGAGCAGGCUGGACUGCAGAACCAAGGCCAGAUCGGCCAGCUGGAAGGACACUAUCUGCUGUGCUCAGUUAAACCUGGGCGGGGGUCUUUUGCUGACAUCUGGAGCGAGAGAGUCCAGCCUGCAGAUGUCCUGGCAGCUCACCCUCAUGUUCUGUGGUACUCCAAGGAUCGAGUGCUGAGUCGCUCAAAAAGAUCUGUGGCCUUUAACGAUCCCCACUACCCUAAACAGUGGCACCUGGUGAGACUUUAGAGCUCUGUGUGUCUCUGUCUUCAUUUUACCGCCCACUAUUUAUCUGGAGAGCCUCUCAAAUAAGUGUUGAAGUCUGUCAUCAGUUAGUAAAUGUACUCCGAAAUUAAUUGUGCUGAACUCAAGCAAAGAGAUGUAAAAACCAGUCGAGCAGGAAACCGGCUGUGUUGAUGGAUUUUAAACUUAGGUGAAGGAAAUGUGCAGAGGAUAUAUCUUAUUUUAAUCUUUUAGGGACAUCUGUAUAUUUGAUCCACACUGGAUACUAAAGACAGGUAGACUUGUUUUAAAGUUCGGCUAGUUUUUAAACCUCUUUAAAUUCUGAGCACAUUGAUUCAUUUUUUUUUUGCUUAUUUAUUUACUCAUGCAUGCUAAGGAUAAAAAAAAAAGAAAAGAGGCAUUUACAAACAGCCUGCACAGGUGAGAGGAAAGAAACUUGUUAAAGCUUUCAAACAACAUGGAGGUCAGGCUGUUGCAAAGCUUAAAAAACAUCUUUCAAAUAUAAAUUAUUGUAUUCAAAGCAGUUGGCUUUGAAGGCACUUUGCUCAAAUAGAUGGAUAACUCUUACUGUAUCUUGUUUUGUCACUUUUGCAGAGGUUAAAUUUGAACACCUGAAAAGAAAAAGUAUAAAACAUCCACUCUAAUCCUCUUUAGUCCUCCUCCAUUUAACCACACGGUUUCCCCAUUCUUCUUAUCCCUGCAGCAUAAUGACCUUAAUAAAGGUUUGGACAUCAAUGUAACAGGAGUGUGGGAGCGCAACAUCACUGGUCAGGGGGUCACAGUGGUGGUAGUGGAUGACGGGGUGGAGCACACCCACCAGGACAUUCAGGCCAACUAUGUAAGUCAACACAAAGAGAGGUUUCAUUGUGAUCUCUGAUUGUUUUAAAGAUAUCCUAAUAAUAGUAAAAAUCUUUUUGACUCGUAUCACACUGACAUCUGCCGUUAAUAAUCUGAUAUCCUCCCAGAGUCCAGAGGGCAGCUACGACCUUAACUCCAAUGAUCCAGACCCGAUGCCUCACCCCGACGUCCACAGCGACAACCACCACGGGACACGGUGUGCUGGAGAGAUCGCAGCCGUUCCUAACAACAGCUUCUGUGCUGUUGGAGUAGCUUAUGGCAGCAAGGUGGCAGGUAAGGACAAGAGAGUAUUAUUCAGGAGAUCAUAUUUCAAACUUUAGCCUAAUGAUGUCAUCAGUGGAGGAUGUCAGACAUAUUUUGGCUUCACUUUCCUAAAUGAGAGGAGGUGGAGAAACAACCUCUGUCUGUAUUUGUGUGAAACAGUUAAAAUGUCUUUUGAAUGUUGUUUUCUUUUUAGGCAUCAGAGUCCUGGACGGCCCGCUAACUGACAGUCUGGAGGCGGUAGCCUUCAACAAGCACUACCAGGUCAAUGACAUCUACAGCUGCAGGUAAAAAAAAACCAAAAACAUGUCUGUAUGAACCUGUAAUGUUUUACCUUUGGACUAGCAUCUUGAACAACUCUUCAAUGGUAACACUUUAUUUAAAGCACAAAGAAAGGAUGAAAGGGCAGGCAGAGCAACAGCAAAGAUCCCUUGGGUACAGAAGAGAGCAAGCAUCAGUAACGGCCCAUGCAACAUCAGAAAGAGCAGACACAGCACAUUCAGCACGCUCAUUUUCAUAGUGCCACAUUAUGAAAGACUGAGAUUUUUCUUUUGCCUCCUUCAGCUGGGGUCCAGAUGAUGAUGGACACACAGUAGAUGGACCUCAUCCCCUGGGCAAGGUAAGAGAAAGGCACCAUUUUGCCCAGCAGAGGGCAGUAUACUACAACAGAUCCUUCACUGAUGCCAUCCAGUGCUUCAAGAUGGUUCUGUUGUGACUGCAUGUUUUGUGCCACCCUAGGCAGCGCUGCAGUACGGGGUGAUAGCAGGCAGAAAAGGCUUCGGCAGCAUCUUUGUGGUCGCCAGCGGCAAUGGAGGCCAAUACAAUGACAACUGCAACUAUGAUGGAUACGCCAACUCCAUCUACACUAUCACAGUUGGUAAGGACCUCAAACUCUGGUGACCUCUAAACAUUCAGGUCCAGACAGUCUGACACGGACAGGUAUGAGGGUGAAGAAGUACCUCACAAAUCUAGAUACUCAAGAGAGCAGGGUAGGGCUGAAAGCAAUGAGGAGGAGUCUCUUUAAGGGGGACUGUUUCUAGGUUGAUUUCACUACAACAUGUAUAAGGAUGUUUCUGCAGUGCAAACAUGCCAGUGAAAAAUAACAUCAUGCAGCAAAAUGUUGUGGUUGUUUUAUUUAAAAAAUUUUGAAUUAUAAUUAUAUCCAAGAUAAAGCAGGCUUCAAUCGGGCUGUAGUGGUCUUUAAAUGAGUAGUUGCUCCCUCAGUUGGCCUGCUGAGGGGGGAAAAGGCAAAACCAUCCAACCAUGGUCAUGUCUGACUCAAAUCCACUUCCUAGACAUGGCCUGUAGUGCUGCAUUGUGGGGAAGAUAAUCACUCUGGGUGUGUGUUACAGGAGCAGUCGAUGAGAACGGCAGGAUGCCCUUCUACGCCGAGGAGUGUGCGUCCAUGCUGGCUGUCACUUUCAGCAGCGGAGGGAACAAGCUGAGGAGCAUUGUAGGUCACAGUCAUACCUGCUAAUCUGAAAUUUGAUGCCAACAACAGGUUUAAACAAGUUUCCUCAGGAACAACCAAACAGGUAGUUGGGAAAUGUACUAUGAUGUGAUGCAUGACAUUAGUCCGGAGUGAUCAUGACAUGCCUCUGUAAGUGAACCCAGUUCAUACACACACUGGACAGCUGUAUGUAAACACGGGUAAACACAGAGCUGGGGAAUCCUCCACUCUCAACACUGUAGUCCUUCUGUCAGGAAGAUAAACUCUAAUGUGUCUCAGAGACAAAUGUAGAAGAAUUCAUCACACUCUUUGACUGUUGUCCAGAUCCCACACACGAAGAGCUGUAAAACAUCAUUAUUUAGGUCUGUUUUUUUUUCUUACCUGUAAAUCUAACCAGGGCCAAAAAACCUCUCUCCUACUUUGUUUUUGGAAAACUGAUACCGAUCAGGAUUUAAGACUUCCCUACAGUAUUCUUCUCUCUUUGUAUUUUAAUGAUCUGCUUUUAUUGAAAUAGUUAGGAUGUGUUUUUACUCUCUCUUUGAUCCCUGUAAAGCUGACCCUCUCUUUGUCUUUAAACGUCUGUCACACAGACUCUGUAAUGUACACAGAUGGGGUUUAGUUGGAGCCUGUUCUCAUAUAGUUACAGACAGACAUGAGUAGUUUGUGUUGAAUAUAAGCUGUAAAAGGGUCGGUCUUGUCUUAAAUCAUUUAGGAAUGUAUACAUUUGGCCUCCUGCCUGAGCUGCCUCGCCUUCAAACUGUUUGUACUGAACCUAAAUCACCUCCAGUGAGUCCAUCCGUCUGUCUCUACAGGUGACGUCAGACUGGUCCAUGCAGCAUGGGACGGGCUGCACGGAGAGCCACACCGGCACAUCUGCCGCCGCCCCCCUGGCUGCAGGGAUGGUGGCACUUAUGCUGCAGGUCCGGCCCUGCCUUAGCUGGAGGGACGUACAGCACAUAAUUGCUUUCACCGCCACCAAGGUAGGCCUGAGGACGUCUACAGGAAACACCUGUCAUAUUACUUGUGACAGUGAUCAGUACUGGGUCUGAUCACUGUCACUCUUUUUUUACACAUGUUGGCUGAACAUCCAUGUCUUCAGAAUAAACUGACCAGUUUUCUGAAUUGUUUACAGUUAUAAUAUUUCUUCAAAUUCAAAUAAUUGAUCAGGACACUUUGAGCAGGGGCAUUGCCUGUGUUAUCUGCCUGAUCAUAUAUCCGUGUGUCUCCUUUGAUUUAGACCCUCCUGUGAAAACAUUACCUCAGUGCCUCAUCCAGUGUUUGUACUUCCAUGUGAACAUAUACAGCAUAUCUGUUAAUAUCCUUUCACACACAGACACAGCACAUCUGCUUUAUUUCUAUUCUUAUUGAUUUCUUUUUAGAUUUUUGCUAAUCCUUUUUUAAUCUCUUACUUCUGAUCCAUUUCAUGUGUUUUUUUGUGAGCUGAGUGAAGUUCUGUUUCUGUUUUAUUUCAGUUUCCAUUCAGUAAAAUAUUCUUAAACCACAGAGCACAGCUGAAAGAGGGAGAAUGAGCAAAGUCAACAUCUCUGUACAGAUUUGUGUAUCUUUAUUGUUGCAUAACAGCUAAAAGUAAACUCUGAAAAUGGAUCUCUGUUUUUGUUUGGACAGUGUGACAGCACUGCAGACUGGGGGAGGAACGGAGCCGGGUUUUACCACAGCCACCAGCACGGCUUCGGUCUGCUCAACGCGUGGAGACUCGUCAAUGCUGCCAAGGUACAGACAUGAAUACUUUGAAUAAGGUCUGCAGGGAUCAGCUCUUUUCAUCUUUGAUUAAGUGGAGGGCGUUGAUUAAAGCAAAGUCAAACUUCCUCAGGUCUGGGAGUCCGUGCCAUUUCUUGUGUCCUAUCAGAGCUCAACGAACAAGGAGGACGCCUCAAUCCCGACUUAUCCAGACCAGCUGAUCCGCACCUGGAAAGGUAACUAGCUGCUCUUCUCUCAUGCUCUCAGUUUUGCACUGAACAGCUGAUAGUCCUGUUAACAUUCUGCACCACACAGUUCCCUCCCUCCUGUCCUCCCUCCCUCUCUGCCUGCUCCUCAGUUAGUCUGCCUCUCCAUAUUAGGUAAUGUUCUUCUGUUUGUGAGUUCCUGCGUCCAUUCAAACACUGUUUGAGAUUUUUCUACAUCUUCAUCUUUUCUUCUCACAUCUCUUCUCGUGUUGCCUCUCACUUUCUUAAAUGUCUUUUCCUUUUUUGAUUUGUUCAUAUUUGUUUAUCUCCAUGUGUGAUCUGUCUCUUCAUGACCUCACAUAUUAUUCUCUCCCGUUUUCCUCCCUCCAUCUGUAACUUGGACUCUCUUAAGGCUGUUUUCAGUCAGGAGCAGAGCCAGAGUCGAGUGUGUAUGUGUGGUCUGUAGCAGCAGGAGUUUCUGAGGGAGCAAAGUUUCUAAAGCAAAGAGACUUCUUUACUCUUCAGUCAGACUUUCCUGAAUGGCUUUUCAUCUCUGACAGUGUUAAGCAGCAGCAGCCUCUGUUUUUGUAGUUUCUGUGUGUUUUGGCUGACGCACUGCAGCGACUGCUCUGACCUGAUUAUGACCGGUGGGAAGAUAGGAGCUCAGAUUUUUUUCCAGUUGCACUAAUGUGUUUGUGCGAGUCUUGGUGACGGAUAAACGUCUGUGUAUCAAGUCAUGACAGCAAAAACAAAGAUUUAUUGCUGCUCUGAAGGAGAGCACACAAGAAAGGACAAAAUGUACAAGUACAGAGUCUCCUUUCAUGAAAGCAUGCACAGAGGUUAUGAUCACAGAUAUUUGUUCGAGGAUCAGCCAGAUGAAUUUUCCCCAACUCUCAGUGAUUAAACAGUUUUCUUCUUUAGAAACUUUUCAUUUGGUAAAGCAAACCUAAAUAGAAGCUCUGUCAUCAUGCUAGCAUCAGUUUUUUCACUCUCAAUAAGCUGACAUAGUUGUUUUUCUUUCCUGGUGCAUGCUUUUUUUUUAACCUGACAUUAAUAUGACAGCAGCACAAGAAGCAUCAGGUCCAUGUCACACUUUUUGUACCUGCAGGUAGAUUUUCUUUCUGCACAACAACCAUAGCAUGAAACGACACAAAACAAUCAAAAUAAAAAUGAUGAAAACAAAUAAAAAAUGAUGAAAGUUUGUAUCAAAACUCUUUUUACACAUGAUGCAGAGUUGUCUACCUCUCUGUUUUCAACACUGAUGCAAGCUGAAGCACUCUACCUCACCAGAGAAAUCACAUCCUAACAGCUCUUACUUAACAUUUAACUAGCGGUUACUGGUUGAAGUGCAUGAUGGCAUCAGGUAUUAGUAACAUAAAAGGAUAACAUUUUUGCAUUUUACUGUUAAGAAAGAAUCAAAUAAAUCCUGCAGGCAACCGUCUAGUCUCAGAGUUUUGGAAAUGCACAUCAGGUCCCUGACUGCAUCCACAGAGGAGUUUUUCCUACCCCAGCUUCAGAAUUUAAAGAAGCAUCUCCAUCAAAUCUUUUUAUUCCCUCCUCUCUCUUUCUGGACCUCUCCUGCAUUUAUCUUUAAACCCUAUAUUUAUGUCCGCCCCUCCACCCAUCAGCUCUCUCUCUCCUCUUGUCUCAUUCCCUGAUGGUCUGUCCCCAGACGAUCUGUCCUCCCCUCCACACCUCUCUUUACGCUCCUCGUCCCUUUGCGUCCCUCCCUGCCUCGAGGAUGUGUGCAGCCCUACAUGGUCAGAGAACGCCGCGGCUCAUUAGUAGUAUGAGUCCAGGAAAUACCGAGAAAUUACCGCACACUUCCAUUCGUAGAACGGGAGGUGGUCAGGAGAGCUGACUGAUAACAAAUUGAAGAGGAGAGAGUGGAGAGGAAAGAUUCAGAGUUUGAUGGGGAUCACAUUUAAGUUCUGUUUAUUUUCAGGUUGAUAAUAUUUCAGACUGACUCUGUAGCUUAUUUAUUUUUCUUCAUAUGUAAAGGGUCAAAUGUGACAGUUGUCAAGCUCCUGGUCCUCCUCUUUAACCAUCAAACACACAAGUAAGCUGCUCUCUCUUCUUCUACAGUCACCACUGCUGACCUCAAACAGUCUGGGAUGGAGACGCUGGAGCAUGUUGCUGUCACCGUGACGAUAACACACCCUUGCCGUGGCAAUGUGGAGAUAGUGUUGGUCUGCCCUAGUGGCAUCACUUCAGUCAUUGGGGCACGCAGGGCCAUUGACAGGUACAGACACACACCUAUGAAAAGAGGGCUGUCGAAUGAUGAUUUGAUUUUAUGAUCCCGAUUAAUCAUGUAGUGAUUUGAAAUGAGCCUCAUACGGUCGCACCAAAAUAUAUGUAGCGAUUUGAAAUGAGCCUCACAAGGCCGCACCAAAAUAAUACUUGGCGAUUGGAAUUUAUAAUAAAUGUCUGAAGAUUAAUAAUCUCAAAUUAUGACAUUUAUGCACUCGUUGAAAGGGGCACCACCCACCCUUAAUGGUGGGAAAAUAAAGAAAACAAAAGUUUAAUUCAGAAAUCAAACAUCAAGUCAGUUUUAAUUAAUCAGUCUUAAUUAAUCAGUCUUAAUUAAUCAGUCUCAUAUCUUAAGUCGAAAUUCUAAUUUCAGGGACUCCACUUCUGGAAGAACACUAACAGACAGGAACUUAGAAAAAUAAUGAUCUGUUUAUUACAGGAUAAAUGAUGGUACAACACACAUGCAAUAAAUGAUGAUAAGAUAAUGAAGAUAAAUAAUAAUAGGUGAAUAAAUAAAGAUUCUGAGUCAGGCUAGGAGCACUAAAGUUAAUGAUAGUGAGUGAAUAUGUGCUAACAUAUUAACCUACACUAACUUUGGUGUCGAGAUUAACUCGGAUGUGGAUUUGGAGGAAUCUAAGAUCACCAGAAAUAGGUGGAUAUCUGAGUUAUGAACGCAUGAGACAGCAUCAGCCCUGUCUGGAGCUCUGGAGGUUUGCAUACUUAAGUGAGACUGGUCCUUGGAGAAGAUGGAGCAGGUUCCGAAGGUCCGGGGCUACUGGCGGUUCGAGCGGUUCAGCUCAGAAGACGACUGAAGUCAGCCGAAGGAUGAGCCAGGAGUUGCAGCACUCGGGCCCGAAGUAAAGCCAGCGCCUGUGGAUCCUGUGGAUGCUCGUUUGGGUACUUCUUUGGUCUCACUCAAAAACUCUGGCACAGAGGAUGACCUGGGCCUACUGGGUUGCGUUCAGAGGUGACUUUGAGAUCACGCAGAAAACUCAGAAAAACGAGACUCGAGCAGAGAAAACUUUCAAAAAUGGCUUUGCAAAAUUAAAGAAAAAUCAAUCAAAGGCUUAAUCUUGAAUUGCUAUGCGCACAAAAAGUUGAAGUUUCAAAACUUGAACUAAGACGAUGUUAAAGAAAAAUCAACGUGAAUCAACACGUGGCGUAAAACUUAGAAGACUAAGAAAAAGUUCUAAGAGAAAACAAAGAAGAAGAGGACCACAGAAGGGUGUGGACAGAAGAGAAGGGCCCAAGAGUAAGGGGCCUAAGAGAGACAGGAGAGUCAGCACACAAGAGCAGAAGCAGAAGAGACAUAAGAGAGUGAGCAACCCCACUUCACUGGUUUUAUCUUCUCACACUGGGAGUGUCUGAGGAGAAAGAGGAGGGGGUCAUCGGGUCUCUGAUUAUUUGAUCUAACUUAUUCUUUUGGCUGGUAAAAGAGUCAGGUCUGAUACUCACUCACUAUGAUUAAUAUCAUUGAAUGCUAGGUUUCAUGAUCAAUAAUUUGGUACUAAACACAUAUGAAUGAAGUGUAGGAUCACAUCAAACUUCUCAUUAUGUUUUAAGUAUCACAUUGAACAUGCUAAAUUACUCUGAAAUGAAACAGAUAGUAACACAUGGAAACUGUGAACAACAAAAGAGUAAACAAAUGUGAAUGAACGUCAUCAUGAUUAAUAAUGGAUUCUAAAUACUCACAUUCAGAUUAUUCAAUGACAUUAUAACCACCUAAUGGUUAAGAUACUAAAUAAAUAACUAAAAUAUAAACCAAACAUUUCUAAACUGUUUCUGUUACCUAGAGUUAAGUUAUGAUUCAUAGUCGAUAAAUUUAACUCUUAAAAGUUCAUGAAACAGUCUGAAAAGCUGUUGGUCUAAAGAAACUAAAGAAUAAGGAUUUAUUCUGUCACAGUGAUAACUCGGCUUCUGAAGCACCUAGAAAAACGGGAAACAUCUCAUUUUAACACAAAUUUCAUGAUUAGACAGAUUAGUACAUUGCUGAAUGCAUAAGAUGUCAGGAUCAGUCAUUUGUAUUCUUUCACCAAAGGAAUGUAGUCUUUAUCAGUGUAUGGUCGAACAGGGUUUUACGACCGAGGUCUGGAGGUCAGUGUCCCCCCUUAUCCUGGGUUCCGUAUGUUCACACACUUUAAGAAGGUAAAUCUCAAAUGGGAGAUCUGGGUUGAGACGUUAAUGUUUAUUUAGAUGGUCAGUAAUGGAGUCAGUUUGAAAGGUAAUAAAAACUCUGUCUCUGUUCUCCGAAUCGACCAAUCAUGAAGAGUCAGAGGUUUAGUCAACCUCCGGUUGGGUCACUUAGGCAACCUGAAAGUGUAAACAAGUCUGGAAAGAUUUAUAUCCUGUUUCCUGGGACCAGAUAAGGAACUUUCCUGUGAGGAAUGUGUGAGAUUCACACCCAGGGUUGUCUUGAUUGCUACAAUCACAUUUAAACUCUAAUAUUUAAUUUGUCUUAAAGUCUACAUUACUGAUGUUGAGUGAUUUCCAAUAUUCAUGUAAACCAUCUCAACAACGUGAGGGGCAGAGAGAAAUGGCUGAUAUAGAAGAGAGAUAUAAUACCGUAUAAGAUGACAUACCAUGUAAUCAAAAUUAUUAUUAAUAUUAUAAUGUUACUUUAGGUGUUGACCUGUCUUAUAUUGUGCACACAGAGACCCUGCAGGAUACCAGGACUGGACUUUCUCCACUGUGCGCUGCUGGGGAGAGAAAGCUGAAGGCCAGUACAUGCUGAAGAUCUCCGACCACAGUGAGCCACCUUUCAUAACCUUAUUUAAUGUAUACUGUGAAUGCCUCUCCUGUCUGGCUGACCUCUUCUCUGCUCCUGCAGAAGAGCCAACAUCAAAGCAGUGUGCCGCUGUGGGCGUGCUGAAGCAGUGGGCUCUGACCCUGUAUGGCUCCUCCAUGACCUUCAGCGAGGUCAAGGAGAGGCAGAUGUAAGACUCUAAAGGCAUUUCACGUUUUUCAUUUCAGUGAUAACUCUUGACUCAGUAUGUUGACUGACUUACAUUCUGUGUGCUGAUUGACAGGCUGGUGGAGGAGGCUAUGAGCGGGAAGUAUCUGGACAGCAGCUUCUCUCUGCCCUGCCCUCCAGGCCUGAACAUCCCCUCAGAGAUAGUCAGCCCCUUUACCUCCAACAGCCUCAAGGUAAACUGCACAUUACCUCUCCUCUUCUGUCGCCUGAAUAAGGAAACAGUUUCUUUCCAACCCUCUGAGAGCCGCACAUUUUUAUAACUACAUAAUCAGAGUUGUGCUGUCCAAAAGCAUAGAUGGUGUUUUAAAUUUGACAUGAAAACAGUUCAAUCAAACUGGAUUUACUUUACCAUUCACUGUAAAUAUAACGUUUGGGUUUUGGUGUCUUUCUUCAUGGUAAACUGAGUUGAUAGGAAUCUUAAGGGGGUUUUACUUAAAAUGUUGCCAUAUGAUCACCUGAAUUUACUUUGUGGAUUGAACCUUUUUCCAACUUUCACCUCAUCCACACAUCCAGCUAAGCAAGUGGAAGACUAGCUCCUUUUGUGUUAUUGUAGCUAAUCCCCACUCUCUUUCUUUCUUUCUUUCUCUCUCUCUCUCUCUCUCCUUUGUCCUCUCCCCUCCAGUUCCUGCUGUUGCUGGGCUGCUUCGCUCUCUUCUGGUCUCUCUACUACACUCUGGAGGUCUCGCUGGCCCACAUCUACCUGCGCGGCCUGUUCUGCAUGGGCAAGAGGCGGGGCGCUCACCGAAACAGGAGGGGGCACAGAGGGAGAGGACUGGAGGAAGCGAUGGAGGAUGAGGAAGAGGAGGAGGAUGAGGACAGAGACUCAGGGGUGGAGCUGCUCACGGUGCUGGACUCUGAGGCCAAAGUGGCACUUUUAAACGGAGAACGGACAGCGACAUAACACUGAGCCAGAUCUCUGUGCUCUUAUGGCGUCUCAGGCUUCACUCCUCCCUCACCCACUCCUGUACUGCCUCUGAGCCCAGCAGACCUCACCUGGUCUGGAUUGUAGACUGACAAACUGUGAAGUCUCUGUCCGUGUCUGUAUUUCCUCAAAAACGUGGCCUUGUUAGGAAAUUGGUGUUUCCACUAUAGAGGGAGCGGCUGCUAGAUAUUACCCAAUCUUUUGAGGACAGAAACAUUUUAUCAGCUGUUUGCUUCCAUUUCCUAUCAGGGUCAGGUUUUCUGCUCCAUGAGGGUCAGGCAUGAUGAAAGAGGUACCUUUUAAAAGGUUUAGAAAUCUGGUUUAACGGCACAAUCCCGUGAGAGAAAGUGUUAAAACAGGUGGAACUGUACCUGGUUAAAAAGUGAGGUUACAACGUGAUGAACAAAAGGCACUCGUGGAGAGGCUGUAUCAAGGGAAAUAUAAUGACAUGAUGUGCACUAGAGAGUGGUACAACUCUGCUGUGACUCUGUGUGUGUGUGCGUACGUGCGUGCGAUUGAUGAGGUACCAGAGUGUAUGUGCGUGUGUGUGUGUGUGUGUGUGUGUGUGUGAAACCUGCGAUCUUGCAUGAAAAAGUGGAACAGACUUAUUUUCUGAGGUGUUAUUUUUCAAGGUUUUAAUUCUCAGUUUGGGUUUUAUUUUAAAUACUGUUAUGAUUAUCUGAGGGGUAUCAGCCGACUACUAAUUAACAACUUGAAGUGGGUUUUUAAAGUGUGGUUCUUGUAUUUUUAUAUGAAGUGUAAUAUAUAUACACACCGUGUGCCUGCUGUACAGCGCUUUAUUGUGUCUCAUGGUUUCUACCAAGUGUUUUAAAGAAUGUAUUAAAGAGCUCUAUUUUUUAUGUAAAGGAGUGUUUGGGGUGAAGGUGGAAACUGUGUUUUGCUGUGCAAGUCACAGAUGGUCUGAACGGUAAUAAAUCAUUGUUGGGCAGAAAUUCAAACGUGUGUUUGUGGUGGAUGCUAUGAUGUUAUGAU